AUUAAACAUUCACACUAUUGUAAUACCUGUUUAAGUAUGUCAGAAAUAUAAGGAAUUUUAAAUGCCGUUAACCCUUUAUCGGUCAAGAUGGUUGCGAUGGUCGUUUCUUCAGUCGUCUGCUGAGAACGUAUGUAAAUAUGAAUAUAACUACAUAAAAAUAAAAUUUAAAAAGGAAAGUAUAUUAAGUGAUACAUAUGUAUCACUGCGUAAAUUGUGGAGCUGAAGUGGAAGAACUUUAUAGAAGAUAUUGUCCAAAUGUUUUAAAACUUUUGAAAUGUGAUGCAUGUGGCCAUCUGGCCGACAAAUACAUAGAAUAUGACCCAGUUAUAAUCUUAGUCGAUCUAAUAUUGCUCGAGAAACGAGCAUACAGGCAUCUGCUUUACAAUUGCGAUCUUAAGUCAUGCUGGAAACUUCUGAUAAUACUUUGGCUCGUCGAAUCCUUUCGAAGCCUUUCUUUAUGCAAUAACAAUAAAAAAUCUAUUGAAACAUCGAGGAUGUACCCAUCUAGUCUUGAAAGGCAUUGCAAUCUUUAUUUAAUUCUGCUACAGACUGCUUUCUGUUUCGCUUCUUUUAUUUUUGUUGUGAUUCUUCUAACAAAAAUCAAGUGGUACUUCUAUUCAAAGAGUUCAGAUAAAUGUAGCAUGAUCCAUUUAACAAAAGCCUUAGUGAUAGGUGGAUCCGGUAAAUUAUUAGGGUUAUUAGAAAUCACUUGGGGUCACAUCUUUCUGGCACCUCAUUAUUUCCUCAUCUUGGGAUAUACUCUUCUGUGUAUGCUCACUGCUUAUUCAGUGAUUACCAACAGCGGGAAGAUGGAAUCGUUGAUCAUUUUGGAACUGGGAAUAGUAAUUUACAACUACUCGUUUAACUUCUUCACUGCAACAUUAGAAUCUUUACAAUUAGUCUAGUUAUUUAUUUUUCAUUCAGUUGGUUUUAUAAUCAUAUUUAUAUUGAAAUAACAUUAAGUUAAACUAAAUAAAUACAUUAUAUUUGUAAUAUAUA